AUGAGCGGUGGAUGUUUAUCGCCAGCAUCCAGAAUACGUAUUGCGGCAGAUGUUCACCGUCACAGCACUAGCGAUGAUGACAGUGGAUGUAUGCUGGAAGAAUACUCCUGGGUACCAAGUGGCAUCAAGCCUGAUAUGGUUCAUAUGUAUUUCGCUUGCUUACCAGAAGACAAAAUACCUUAUGUGAAUUCGGCUGGUGAAGAAUGGCGAACACGCCAGUUGUAUUAUCAGUUACCACCACAAGAUUCUGAUGUAGGCUAUUGUGGUAAGUUGAGCAAUCAAGAAGUACGUGAACUAAUACAAUUUGAAGUGGGUCGAAAACGUGAGUGCCUUGGACGCGGUAUUAUCGAACAGCUCCCAUACGACAACAAGCGACGGCAUUGCCACAAGUGCAAAGAAUCAUUAAGUGAAGGAAACUUGGUGAUUAAUGCUGAAAGGUUCGGGCAUGAUGUACACUGGCAUCCUCAAUGCUUUGUUUGCACGGAGUGCUCAAAUCUCCUUGUUGACUUGAUUUAUUUUAAGCAUGGGGCCGACGUGUAUUGCGGCAGACAUCACGCAGAGCAAAUCAAACCCAGGUGUGCCAAAUGUGAUGAGCUGAUAUUCAGUGAAGAGUGUACGGAAGCAGAAGGAAGAACAUGGCACAUGGCGCAUUUCUCGUGCUCAGAUUGUGGUGUUCAACUCGGUGGUCAAAGGUAUAUUGGAAGAAAUGAUAGGAUGAUAUGCAUUUCUUGUUACAAUGAAAAUCCCUCAUUGGUUUGUAACACCUGUGAAAAAGAAAUUGUUGUCGAUGAGCCGCAUAUAAUUCAGAAUGAUAUACAUUGGCAUGCUGACGAGCGUUGUUUCUGUUGUAGUGAUUGUGGUAAAAAUUUGUUGGGAAAGAGGUACUCAUUUAGGGACGAAAAAUUAUAUUGCGUUACGGAUGCGAACUGUGGAAAAUGGUAUUCAAAGGUGACAUUUAAUAGCAAAGUGAUGUCCGUUUCAAGUAGACGUCGAGGAUCGGUACCGGAGCCACCAUCUCGGGAUCCUCCUUCACCACCAGCCGAGAAUAUUUACGAAACUGUUUUACCAUGUUUCUCGAGGGAAUGGGAUGAUAUAAAUGGAAUCGAACAUUUGAGAGGGUGUAAUCGCCGAUCGCAAAGUGCUGAUGUUCGGCGACCGUGCUGUGAUGAAUACUGUAGGAAAGAAUAUUGCAAAAAAAAAGGUGAUUACGAAGAUAAGAAACAAAAUCUUUAUUCUCGGAUGCCACCACCCUCACCUUUUCUAAGAAGAAGGCGUCAGCGAUGCAGUUCGUGUAGUUCAUCCGAAAGCGAUAGUGAUGAUGUAUACCUGUUAAAUUAUUUAGCUGCGUCUCUUUCUCAGUUCAACAGAACAACUGGUACUGUUCAAAGCAAUAGAAGUUGUAACAGAAUACAAACGGCAAAGAACAAAUCAUCGAGUAAUUGUAUAGUAUCCUGA